UAUAAGUGACGCACACCGGAAAAGCCGUCUUCGUAAACAUGGUGCUCAUCUGACGAUGUUUUGACUCUAAAAUCACAGCGAUCGGACACGCUAGUCUGUAGAAAAUGCCGAAGGUCGUGUCCAGGAGCGUGGUGUGCUCGGACACCCGCGACCGAGAGGAGUACGACGACGGGGAGAAGCCGCUGCACGUGUACUACUGCCUGUGCGGCCAGAUGGUGCUGGUGCUGGACUGCCAGGUGGAGAAGCUGCCCAUGCGGCCCCGGGACCGGGCCCGGGUCAUCGACGGGGCCAAGCACGCACACAAGUUCUGCAACGUGGCGGACGACGACAACGCGUACCUGAAGAGGCCGGAGGGCAUCGAGCGGCAGUACCGCAGGAAGUGCGGCAAGUGCGGGCUGCUGCUGUUCUACCAGCACCAGGACAAGAGCAGCCCCGCCACCUUCAUCGUGGACGGAGCCGUCGUCAAGUUCGGCCAGGGCUUCGGCAACACCAGCGUCUACAGCCAGAAGCAGCCCGAGGUGCCCAAGAAGGUGCGGGUCAUGAUGACCAAGAGGACCAAGGACAUGGGCAAGUUCAGCUCCGUGACCGUGUCCACCAUCGACGAGGAGGAGGAGGAGAUCGAGGCGCGGGAGGUGGCCGACUCGUACGCGCAGAACGCCAAGGUGAUCGAGAAGCAGCUGGAGAGGAAGGGCAUGAGCAAGAGGAGGCUGCAGGAGCUGGCCGAGCUGGAGGCCAAGAAGGCCAAGAUGAAGGGCACACUCAUCGAUAACCAGUUCAAGUAGAGGCUGGGGAUGCUGGAGAUCAUCCUCUCCAUCUGGCUGGAGGAGACACGGGACUAAUGCAACAUUACUGACUCUUCGGUUCAUCAGUAAUGUUGUUUUGUACAACAUGCGUAAAACAAAUACGUGUUUGUUAUAUUUUAAUAAAAGUCUGUUUUUGUUUAGCCUUUAAGACUUGAUUUUUCUUUUUUCACUUGUUAAGAGAUAUGUUGGUGUUUGUUUUUUGCUUUUGUUUAAAUGUUUUAACAUGGUUAGGAUUUUGUGAAUGAAUGAUUAACAAAACAAGGCCUGAAAUAAUUCCUAAAUUUAGUCAAAUUGUUUAUUAACCCUCAUGCCCUCCUCAAUUCUUUCAUCCCAAAAUCUGAUAUAGAUCUCAUCUUCCAUUUGGCUGGAAGAGACAAUGGACAAAAAUGUACUGACUUUUCAGUUCAUCUGUAAUGUUUUGUACAAAACGUUAACCCAAAUAAGUGUUUGUUAUAUUUUAAUAAAACUGAUCUUGUCAAA